CCCUCUUUGCAGUUGUCACCGCGGCUUUCAGAUGUUGCCCGUGAGACGCACAGAAACCACCGCUUCACUCGGAUGUUCGGGGUGGUUCUGGAGGAUGUUGUGCUAUCAUGGAUGUAAUCCGAGGGACCACUGCGGUAGCCGUUCGUGUCUUGCGAUUUGAGUGCCUAAAGUGGGCACAGGGCAACUUGGGCACCAGCCCCCUUCUGGAUCUUAGUCAUCCAUCUCUCAGUUGCCAUCCUGCACAAGAUCAUACACCCGCAGCCUCGUGCGGUCCCCGCUUCUCGUUUACCCCGGCUUCAUUCGCGCCAGCCGCGUGUCAUACGGCGGCUGAAUGGAUCCCGCCGUGCUCAUCUUCCUGCUGUACGUGAUGAUCGCGCACGACCUGGUCUGCGGCUGGAUGCAGUACCGGAGACAGAGCGCCAAGCCUCGCAAACGAGCUGACCGACCUCUGCUGAGUUCCAGUGCUCGUGUUUGUCAGGGAGCCUGGAGGGCAAGCAUCCAAUCGGUCAGGACAAAUAGAGGAAUGAGGGACCUGAGGAAGUGCGGCCGCAUUGUGAGAAAGGCCUAAGAAAAGAGACAAGUUUGACAUAUAAGGACACUUAUUGAAGAGUAGGGACUUCUGAGCGUGACCUGGCCCGCAAGCCUGAUCUGGGGCUUCUCGCUUUUAAUUUUACUGGGCAUUUCAACCAUGUCUUACCAUUUGGAAGAGCAGCUGGCAGCGUCUUUCUGAUGCAAGUCAAGAAGCAAAAGUCCCAACUGCUAAGAGAUUUAAAGGUCAAACUUAAGAACAGCCAACCUGACGGAAACUGAAGCCAGCAGCAGCUUCUGGUCUCUAAUUGUGUUCAGUGAGCUGCAAGACCCUCAGCUCAGCAAACAGCAGUCAGUCACUAUCAGCAGAUGGCCUUUCAUCAGUAUUUAAAUGCCAUAUUACGUCAGGACGUAACAGGUGACAUCAGCAGCCUAGCUUGCGUUCUGGCUAAAUACCACAAACAGGUUUAGGCACCUCAUUCUCAAACUUGACUCGGAAGCUAGACACUUCUUCACCUGAAGAACCGACUGUAAAAGAGUGAAAAUGGCAUCAGUGUCAUCCAGCUCUCAUCUCAACAAAACUGUGCGGCAGCAGUACAUGAGCCUGCCUCAAGGACAGAAAUGCCAGGUCACCUACAUCUGGAUUGAUGGCACUGGAGAGACACUUCGGAACAAGACGAGAACUCUAGACACAGAACCAAAAAGCAUAGAAGAAAUACCUGAGUGGAACUUUGAUGGCUCAAGCACCUACCAGGCCGAAGGCUCCAACAGUGACAUGUACCUCAUCCCGGUCUGCAUGUUCAGGGAUCCAUUCAACCUUGACCCCAAUAAACUGGUUCUCUGUGAGGUCCUGAAGUACAACCGUUUACCUGCUGAAACUAACCACAGAGCAAGUUGCAACAAAGUGAUGGAAAAGGUCAAAGAGCACCAUAUUUGGUUCGGUAUGGAACAGGAGUACACACUUCUGGGAACAGAUGGACAUCCAUUUAGCUGGCCUCCAAAUGGAUUCCCAGCACCCCAAGGUCCUUACUACUGUGGGGUGGGGGCCAACAGUGCUUAUGGAAGGGACAUUGUGGAGUGCCACUACAAGGCCUGCCUCUAUACUGGGAUCAAAAUCUGCGGUACUAAUGCUGAAGUUAUGCCAUCUCAGUGGGAAUACCAGGUGGGCCCCUGUGAGGGCAUCGAGAUGGGGGACCAUUUGUGGGUCUCACGUUUCCUUUUGCACCGUGUCUGUGAAGAUUUCGGGGUUGUAGCAACUCUGGACCCCAAACCCAUGAAGGGCAACUGGAACGGGACUGGUUGCCACACAAAUGUCAGCACCAAGGAGAUGAGGGAAGAAGGAGGACUGCAGUACAUUGAGAAGGCUAUCGAUAAGCUGGGGAAAAAGCACCCUGAGCACAUUCGUGUGUACGACCCUCAUGAAGGCAAGGACAACAUCAGGCGCCUCACAGGUCUCCACGAAACCUCCAGCAUCCACGACUUCUCUGCUGGAGUGGCCAAUCGAGGUGCCAGCAUCCGCAUCCCACGGCAGGUGGGGCAAGAGAAGAAAGGGUACUUUGAGGACCGCCGUCCCGCAGCAAACUGUGACCCGUAUGCAGUGACGAAGGCCAUCGCCAUAACCUGCCUAUUGGAAGAAGAAAAAGGAGCCAAGUAGUAGAAAAGUGCUGCCUUUUUUAAAAUUAUAUAAUUUGUAUAAUAUAGAUAAUAUAUAUAAAAUGUAUAAAGCAACACAGACCUGUCU